UGUUGGUAUCAGCCCCUUAGAAGCUUUAAAAUAAAAAAUGCUUUCCUUCCCAAUUCUGUCCUUUUUGAUUUGUUAAACAUGUUCCUUGUGUGUUUUUCUUUUUUGUUUAUGUUCUUAUUUGUGCAGGAGCAUCAUCAGUUAUGUUGAGAAGAUGUGGUACUGCAGUCCAUGAAGCUUAUGUGAAAGAUAGUUUUUCAUGAUGCCUCAGCAGCUUCUUAUCAGCUUUUUCGUCAUGCACCGGAGGAUGGGAGAAAAAAAGGGAGUUGGAUACAGAUAAAGAACAGAAACAGGGAGUGGAGACUGCAAGUCUCCAUAUGUCCAAACAAACCGUUCCUAGUACAUUUGGUACAAGAAUAUGGCCCCCCCUUUAUCUCAUUCUUUGAAGCCCAAGCAAGCAUGUCCUCAUGUUUCACAGAGAGACAGGAAUGGCCCAGCAACUACAGUUAGCCUAACUUUGGCUAAGCUGGCCAAACAACCUGUUCUAUACUCCAUUUUCCUUGGACCUAACAUUCUGGAAUUUCUCCAUGUAUAGACAAGGCCUAAGUAAGUUAAUGUUUGUAAAGCACUUGGAGAUAGUUGUAGGAAAGGUGCUAUAACAGUGCAAAAUACAGUAUUAUUGUUCCUAUUGAUUGUUCUAAUUCAUGCUGGAUGCAGUAGCUUUGCAGACAGAAUUCAAGAUGAGACUCUUUAUUUCUGAGUCUGAUCUCUUGUUCUUGACUGCAGUGAAUUAAGCACGCUUUUACUUUAUGAGCAAGAAACUGAGAGUAAGAAGAGUGUCAUUUGCAAACAUUUGGAUAAAACUGUUGGAUUGAGAAAAAAUAGGUAGUUCAGGAUCAGUGAAUAUCUGUUGCUAUGUUGUUGAUUAAAGCCACAGGUUUUAAAGAUGUAUCUAUGAUUUUAUCAGUGACUUGAUUGUACACCUGGGAUUUUUAACAAGGAUGCAGAAAAUACACAAAUCCUUCAAGGCAAAUGAAAUAUUAGCUGUAGCUACUAAAGCAUUGUUACCUAAUUUGACAUCCAGAAUUCAUCCCAUUUUUGUACGAUUAUAACUCCGAUUCUCUCUUCUCCACUCAUGUGUUGCAACAUUUACCUUCAGGUGAAAAGGCAGAAAAAUAUAUUGUCUGUCCUCCUGGACUCCUGAAAGGGCACUUGCAAAGGUGGAAAACCAAUGGGCUUAUGUCCUGUGGUUUUUUUUUUUUUCUGACUUUUUUACAUGAGAAAUUGAGGUGUUAUCAAUCCUGGAAGUCUCUCUGAACUCUGAUAAUUGGGGAACUUGUGAAAUUUUAUCACAAGAGUCAAGAGAUUGAAAGCUGAACAACUAAGGGAAGGGAAUUUUAGUCACUAUUUAAAACUUUUUGUUUAAUAUUUUAACUCCAAUGUCAAACAUUUUGGAAAAAGAAUGUCUCUGUUAAAGAUUCAGCACCUAUGCCCCUUCAAGUAAGGCGUUAGAGGUGACAGUGCACAUUCUCUGAGCCCUUUCAUCCCUACAGUAGGUCCCUGGCAGUACCAAAGAUGACCAGACUUGAUACUUCUAAGGUAAAAAAUAAGCAGAUUUAAAAAAACAAAACCCAAAGCUUCUAUUUUAUUUUGUGUGGGUUCUUAUACCCUACUCGUCACCAUCGUAUUUGAGCGCUUUGCAGUAGUGCGUUAAGCGAUGUGACUAACAGCUGUCAUGUGUGUGUUCUCUCCCCAAUAGAAAGUUGGGUGGCUUUUUAAUAAAUAUGUGUUGCGAUGUAUUUAUCUUAGAGAAGGCACUUAGAGAGGUGAGUAGUGAGGUUAGUGAUGGUCGUUAGUUCCUUGAGAAGUUCAUUCCACACUUUCACACCUGUCCCCAACACACUUCCCCACACAACAAGCUUUACUUUUGUUGAAGAGAGUUCAAUUGUGCCAGGAGAGUAUAAUUGUCAACCACUGUUUUCAUCCUGGAGCUUUAGGCAAACUUUUGAUGUGAUUGUGGUAGCCUGUGUUGCUGAGGAGACACUCUGCAGCGUUUUGUACUAGUUGGAGUUUCCUAAAUGUUGAAGGUUUUGUGCCUAGGUAUAUAACGUUGUAGUAUAGCUGAGAGGUGUCAAAGAUAUGAAUAAAUAAAGCCAGAUCUCCAUCUGUUGGGAUGGAGCAGAGUCUCAUAGCCAAUUGGAGAUGAUAGAAGGCAUUACUUGUGGAUGCUGCUGUGUGAGAGCUUUAGCAUCAGUGAGGAAUCGAAGUGUAGUCCUAAGCUAUGGAGUGAAUUGGCCAGUUGCGGGUGUGUACUUUCAACCAACAGAAGCUGCACUACAGCUACAAACUCUCCAAAAUGCUUCCCUUUACCCAUUAGCAUCACUUCUGUCUUUCAGAUUCAGCCAGCUGCUCUUUAUCCAUGAGCUGAUAUCACUUAUAUUAUGGGCCAUCUUGACGAUAGCAGUGUGGUCAGGUGUAGAGAAUAAGUAUAGCUGUGUGUCAUCUAUAUACUGCUGACACUAAGGUCUGUUCACCUAAUGGCUGCAUGCAGAUGUUGAAAAGGACUGGAGAGAGAAUUGAUCCUUGUGAGGGUUCUAAUGGUGGAAGUGGUUUCCAUUCACUGCUUUUUGGGGUGUCUGUCCAUCAGAGUGGAUAAAAAUCAAUGAUUAUUUUUAAUAAAAAUAUCAGUUUUUUUUAUUUAAAUCAGAUUUUUUUGGUAAAAUGCUUUUUGGGGAAAAAACCUAUUUAAAGAUAGUUUUCAUUAAGAUACAUUAUAGCUCAAAGAUAUCUCAUCAUGGAGUAGGGAUUAUAAAUUCUAAUUCUAUAGUAUGAGCCAAUAUAUUCAUGUAAUGUUUAAGAAAAGUUUUGUAAAUGAGUUCCAAUAGUUCAUGGAUUAGAGACCCAGUCUUAUGGGUUCCACAGGCUUCUGUGUAGAUUUCGGUUAAUCUUUCUAUCUACCCAAUGGGACUCAGUGCUCAGUCUAGAAGAUACUAUCAGAGAUGCUUAGUUUUGCAGUUCUCAAAUUGUGGAUUUGUGUCUCCAGAGAUAACAUGCUUGUUAACAGCAAAAUAUGUUUUUAAAUAAAUAAAUAAUAUUUAGAGGUGAGAAAUAACAGACCUCAAUCCUAUUGUCCCUCUGCAAAUUUGUGUACGCAGAGUCAAUCCCUUACGUCUCUCUAAAAGUGCAAAGUUUCAAAAAGCUAAAUGAAUAGAAGAUUGUUGGUGGGGGGAAUAGAUCUGAACAAGGAGAAGAAGUCUGGAGAUAAAUGUGAGACAGGAGGGACAGGCAGUAGAAACAAAAGUGAAACUGUUUGAGCAGCAUGUUCCAGAAGUUUUGAGGUCUUUCUGAGUGUAGCCUUCAUGGAUUUGAGAUCUACCAUACCAUUCUCUCACUAGAAGGGAAAACCUAUAAUGGCAGCAGGACCUAAAAGAGACCCAGUUUGGGAAUAUUUUAAUGUAGUUCCUCUACCUGUGUAGAAUUUGUAUUAAGGUUAUAACAACCAACAAGAAUGCACUUUUAUGUAGAAAUCCAUGAUUAAAUCGAGUCUUCCUGACUAAAUCAUGAUUUAAAUCAAAUCCACCCUGCUCUCCAGGAAGGACUGUCAUCAUUUUAGUGCAUUCCCCAGGACUUCUGUCACCUCUCUCAACUUGCAUACCUUCUUUACGCUGAAGCUAAAAUGGGCAAAAAAACCUUGGAGGCGGAGGGGAGGGAGAAUCUCAUGCAGCUCUUUAUGCUGCUUUUGCCACUGCUCAAGUAAAAGGAAUACUUUGACUGCUAUGUAGCUUUAUUUUUUCCAAUGUCUGAUCUUUUUAUUUUGUUUGAAUUGGGGGAUAUUGACAGCAGUUCUGAAAGUUCCAUUUAUGCACGUGAUUCUAUAGGAAUUUUAAAAAGUACUCUUUAUAGUUUAAAGGGUGAUUUGUGAUGUUUGUUAUUUGACUCUUGGAUCCAAAUAGCCUGAAUGCUAAUGAAACGCAUUUUCAAUUUGUCUGCAAUUUCAGAGUCAAAUGGAAGAGCUGUCUUCCUUGGCCACAGAAAGUCGUCAUAGCAACCAAACCAUCUGGUUUGGCCAUUACCCCACUUCAACAAUCAUCUCCCCAUCCUCGGGAGUACGAAUGGUAAUGAGCUCUGCCACAGCCUAUUUGUGUGGGCACCUCCAUACAUUGGGUGGACUGAUGCCAGUCCUGCAUAGUCGGCACCCUCAGGGCACUCUGGAACUGGAGCUGGGAGACUGGAUGGAAAAUAGGAAGUACCGGAUCCUUGCAUUUGAUCAUGACCUCCUUAGCUUUGCAGAUCUGAACUUUGAGGAGUGGCCAGCUGUUCUCAUCACCAACCCCAAAUCGUUACUUUAUAGCAGUUCUACUCAUGAACCAUUAGUGAAAAUUCUUCACUCCACCCACAUCAGAAUUUUGAUCUUCUCUCCUUCUUUCAUCACCUCUGUGAAGGUCAGUAUUGAUGGAGUUCAUUUGGGGGAUGCUCAUCAUGUGUCUGGUCCUCUCUACGUACUGAAGUGGAACCCUCAAAACUAUAGUGAAGGGUUACAUCACAUAGAUGUAACUGUCCAGGAUGCCAUUGGGAAGAGCAGCACUCAAGGUCAUACAUUUGCUGUGAAUGAAAACCUCUCUCUUAGAUUUGGCUUCUUGUCAUCUCUCAUUCUCCUUACAGACCACUACAUCCUGGCUCAAGUACUGUUUGGGCUGACUGUUCUUGCUCAGAUCACCUUGCUUCUUAUUUUCAGGUACCUUAGAAAGCCAACACUUAAAGGACCCCCAGGAUUAGUAAUGCUGACCUCCUUUUCACUUCACGUCUUGAGCAAAACAAACACCUUCUAUUACUCUGUUCUGAUACUGAGUUUGUAUACAGCUCUGGGACCUUGGUUUAUUGGCGAGGUGAUAGAUGGCCAGAUGGGCAUCUGUUUUUCCUUUGGGGUAAUUGUUGGUGGACAUUUCCUGCAAGGCAGCUUGACAUUUGUGGUUGGAAUUUUACAGGUGAUAUUUUUUAACUUGCCUUUGAUGGCUUACCUGUGCUGGUGCCUGUUGCUACGAUGCCAGGGGCAUAGCUUCUGCUCUCAUGUCCGUCAUGUCAGGCACUUCCUGGCUGUGACAAUCCACCUAACCAUGCUGCUCCUGCUGGCCUGGCAAAUCUAUUCCUGUUACUUCCUGCAAUGGACCUAUGGAACUCUGGCUUUCUUCCUCUCCCCAAUGAAGACCUGGUUGGUGGUGCUGACUCUAGUUCUGAUCCAUAAAUCCUGGACACUGAGCUCUUCUGAGCUGAGAACUUACAUAGUGGAAAUGAAAAACUGUCAGAGCUCUUGAUGCCUGAUGAAGGUAUUCAAAGUUCUUUUGAGUUAAGCUGUGAACUGCACGUUUGUAUGGCUGCAUUUCAGUAUAGCCCAAGCAAUUAAAUGGUAAAAUCUGAAGCUGUCCCUGAAUUGCUUCAGAACUUUGUGGUAAUGGGGUUUUCUGUGGUACAGAAUGGACCUGUGUGUUUGACAGAUGGAAUUAUUUCCUGAUUACUGAAUGAAAAAAAUGUUGUAAUUGAUUAAAUUCCUAAUUUUAUAACAUUGGAAAAAAUUCAGGAGUGGAUCUUUAUAAUGCGUUAUUGGAACUGUGCUGCUAUUUAUUUAUUUCAGUGUUUACACAUGGGCCUACAAAACCACUCAGUGUGAUUGGAUGUCGUUAAAGACAGUACUGACCAUAACAAAGGUCUGCAAUCGUGGCCUUCACACUAGGUGUCACUGUGGUUUGUGCUAAAAACACUUAUUAAUGUGUAUAAUGCUGUAAUGUAUAUCAGCAACUCAAAAUCUAAUUGUAAUGUGUGUGUCUAAGUCCUGCUCUAUUCUUCUUCAGACAGUGUUAAAGAGAGGCAGUGUGCUCUGUCUUUGCCUUUUCUCUCCCAACAGUGACCCACACCUGCCUAAUGAAAGAGCAGUGUUGAUUGGUGUUAAAGGUAGGCUCUGUGAUGGUCAGAGUGGGGAAUCAUAGCAGAGAACAACGGAGGUAGGAUUCUUCAGGGAUGAAAGAUCUAAGUGGAGCAGUGUGGCCAAUGACUAGGCACAGGAGUGGGAGUCAGGAAACUGGUUAUGUGACAUGCUGUGUGAUCCAGGGUAAGUCGUUGAACUUUACUGUUCAGUUUCUCCAGCUGGUGGAUAUAAUAUACUUUGAGAUUUAUGGAUAAAAACCAUGAAGUGUUUCAUAUUUAUAGACUAUCCCUUCCUUCCUCCAUCCCUCCCGGAAUCAGAAAGAGGAAUAGUGUAGGUACAGGAUUAGACUUGGGAAGUCCCUAAUGCUAAUCUCAGCUCUGACUCUUUGGAUAUGUGUCUACACUUCCACCUGGAGAUGUCAUUCCCAGCUCAAGGAAAAAGAAGAACCGGAGUACUUGUGGCACCUUUCGCUUAUGCUCUAAUAAAUUUGUUAGUCUCUAAGGUGCCACAAGUACUCCUGUUCUUCUUUUUGCAGACUAACACGGCUGCUACUCUGAAACCAGCUCAAGGAGCCAUUCUAGUGCUCUCUCUUAUUGAGCUAGCGCACUUAAAAAUAGAACGUAGCUGCAGUGGUGUGAGCAGUGGCAGGGGCUACCCUCUCUGGUUUUAAGCAUGCGAGCUCUCAUUGAGCUAGCACGGUGUGUCUCAACAAGCUUAGAAUGAUAUCCUCAGCUCGAAGUGUAGACAGACCCUUUGUUUAUGUCUUUGGACAGCCACUGUGCUUCUUCAAGUCACUUUUCCCUAUCUUUAAAGUAGAGAGAAUACUUACAUGGGGCUGUUGUGAGAUGCAAAAUUUAAGUAACUUGAACAUGCUAACUAGUAAGAGCACGGAUCUCAUCUACACAGGUGGUGUGAGGUUUUUUGCUUGUGUUCACUAAAGAAUCUCCUAAUUCAAACCAAAAAAAAGGAGUAAAUGAAGUAGAAUGUAUAGAAAAAUAAUUAAUAGAAUUUGGGGGAAAACACUUUUUAAAAAAACAUGGAAUGGUUAUUUCUAAAACUUGACACUUUUCUGUCUGUUAAUGUUUUUCUCAAUGAUUGGCACUACCGAGGGGAGGGAGAAGGUAAUAUAAAGAAAUCUGAGGAAUCAGUUGUACAUGUGGAACGUGGUGUUUUGCACACAGUUUACAGCAUACUUUCCACAGCUUACCACAGCUCACCAGUGCUGCUAUGUAAAUCAGCCACCAAAAUUAAGAAAGUUUACAGGUCCAGAAACAAAACCUACCUACCAUGAGGAAUAAUGAAAAUCUAAUGAUCUUUUUACUCAUUGUGCAAAGCCGCACAACUAAUACUUUUAUCAGAUUAGGGAGAACAGGAAGUGGUGGUAUGACAUUUCUGCUCUAUAUCCUGUGGCAAGACCCUGCUCUGAGUUGACCUUGCUUUUAUUUUCAUUACAACUCAAUAAAACCUUUAUGGAUUCAA